GGACGCGCGCCGUGGGAAGCCUGACGAGCCUCAUGGCUGCGGGUUGCUCAGAGGCUUCACGGCCAAAGGCGGCCUCGGAAGGGCCGGGGGUGGGACCGGCCGGUGUCUUGCCUUGCCUAGAGCUGCCGACCUAUGCGGCCGCUUGUGCGCUGGUGAGCAGCCGCUACUCCUGCCUCGUGGCGGGGCCGCACCGGAGACACAUCGCAUUGUCGCCGCGCUACCUUAACAGGAAACGCACCGGUAUCCGAGAACAGCUGGAUGCAGAACUCCUACGUUAUUCCGAGAGCCUUUUAGGUGUACCCAUUGCCUAUGAUAACAUCAAAGUAGUGGGUGAACUAGGAGAUAUUUAUGAUGAUCAAGGACACAUUCAUCUUAACAUUGAAGCAGAUUUUGUUAUUUUCUGCCCUGAACCAGGGCAAAAGCUUAUGGGUACAAUUAAUAAAGUGUCUUCCAGCCAUAUUGGCUGUUUAGUACAUGGGUGCUUCAAUGCCUCCAUUCCUAAACCCGAGCAGAUGCCAGCUGAGCAGUGGCAGACUCUGGAGAUAAAUGUGGGUGAUGAACUAGAAUUUGAAGUAUUUCGCUUAGACUCAGACGCUGCUGGAGUAUUCUGCAUUCGUGGGAAAGUAAAUGUUUCUAGUUUACAAACCAAAUGCCCUGCUAUUCCUGAAGUAACAGAAACUGCCACCGAAGAAGCGGCUGUUGAGAAACCUCCAAAGAAGAAAAAGAAAAAGAAGACAGACCCAGAGCCAUGUGAAGCAGAAGAUGGUACCACAGAGCUAACAGAUUUUGUUGAUGUUACCAUUAAGGAAGAGACAGAUAGCCAGAUUAAUAACAUUGUAAACGGUCUCUUGGAGAAAGAGCCAAAGAAGAAAAAGAAAAAGAAGAAAAAGCACCAAGAAGAUCAGGACCAGGACCCUGUUUUUCAAGGCAGUGACUCCAGUGGUUACCAAAGUGACCAUAAAAAGAAAAAGAAAAAAAGAAAGGAGGCAGAAUUUACACCACUUUCGGAACACGCACCUAAAAAGAAAAGGGAAAAGUAACUUUCUUUAGUGAUCUCUUAAGUAAGAUUUGAUUUUUAAAAGAUUGGUAUACACACUAUAGAUGACUAAAUGUUUUGAAUUAUAAGAAAUGUUUUAUAUUCCAGUAUUUUGCAAAACAGGAAACAUCGGAUUAGGAGUUGAGUUUUUGGUGCUAAAAUGACAAGACCGAUUACUAAUUUGGGAAAUAACUGUUAUUAAAGUGCCAUUUAUUGUAUACAGAAUAGAAUGGUAAGAGCUGCUUUCACUCUCAUUCUUCUAAGCAUAUACAUUCUAAAAAUGAUUUCUACAGUCUAAAAGACUAGUAAAAGGACUUUAUAAUACAGUGUUAAUAUAAAGAAUGAGUUCUGAGGUUGAGUUUUUGGUGGUUUUCUUUUUAUAUAGGUUUCAUGAUAGUACAUGCCAUGUUAUUUUGAUUUGUUUACAUUUCAUCAUGUCUACUAUAAUAAUACUGUUGUUUAACUUGGAAUGGUUUGCCAAAGCAAUUUCUGAAGUUUCCAGAGCCCUUAAGGACCUGGCCACUACUGACUGUGUGAUAGGAAACAGUAUUCACUCUUCUUCCCUUUGAGGUGCAUGGGAUGAUUUUUUUUUUAUCUUAGUCUAAGAGGCUUGUUCACUUGUGCCUCCCCCAUUCUGCUUUUGUUUUGUGUUGGAGGAAGGAAAGUCUUAAUAAGAUAAAAUAAAUGUGAUUCUGACCAGUGGGGUAUUUCCCAAGUUACUUUUUAAUAAUUGAGUUAAGCUGCUAGAAACUGUUGUGAAGAGAAAACAGCUGUUCACUGUGAAAAUGUGGAACUAUUGGAAAACAUGAGUAAUGAAUUGACAGGCUGGUUCAGGCUGAUAAUCAAUGCAAGGUCAUAUUCAUCCAUUUAACUGGUAUUUGAUCAUCUACUAGUGUAAGCACAGUCUACUAAGGUCCUGGAAUAGCAUGUUUCCCUUAUGGAAUGUCAUAGGAGAAACAGAUGCACAUAUACAAUAGAAGAAAAUACAGAAAUGUAGUAGUUAUGGCAAGUGCCAUAAAGAAAAAGAUUGUCUACUCACUGUUAGUCUCUCACAGCUGCUUUUGUUGCCAUUUAUCUGGUAUCUGACAUAGUUCUGGUCUUAACAUCAUUUAGUUUUUGUUAAUGUAUAAAUUCUACUAGUGGUAUAUCUUGAUCCAAAUCUGUAAUGAUAGAAUACAGAAUUUGGAGAGUGGCAGUCAUUCACAGUGUUUGUCAAUUAUCAGAAGUGCCAGACAAUGGAAAUGUGCAGGCUAGUAUCGUUCCUUAUUAAGUUUCAUGUGGGAAUUCAGCCCUUGAAAUGGGGCUAGUCCAAAUUGAAAAGUGGUAUUAGUAUAAAAUACACAUCAGGUUUUGAAGCUGUACGAAGAAUGUAAAAUAGUUCAGUUUUGUAUACUGGUGACAUUACAAUAUUUUUAGAAUAGUAGGGUAAAUAAAAUGUUGAAAUUGUUUUCAGGUUUUGUUUUUUAAGAUUAAAAAUGGCAUGUGAGGCUCACAUUGCCUUUCUUUUGGACUGCACUGGUUUAAAGGAAGGAUGAGUUGAAAAAGGUUUAAAAUAAGCUAUACUGGAGUUCCCGUCGUGGCGCAGUGGUUAACAAAUCCAACUAGGAACCAUGAGGUUGCGGGUUCGAUCCCUGCCCUUGCUCAGUGGGUUAACGAUCCGGCGUUGCUGUGAGCUGUGGUGUAGGUUGCAGACGCGGCUCGGAUCCCGAGUUGCUAUGGCUCUGGCAUAGGCCGGUGGCUACAGCUCCGAUUCAACCCCUAGCCUGGGAACCUUCAUAUGCCGCGGGAGCAGCCCAAGAAAUAGCAACUAUAACAAUAACAACAAAAAAUAAAAUAAAAUAAAAUAAGCUAUACUAUAUUGUGGGUUUACUAUAGUGCCAUACCCAGAAAAUGUUUUAUAAAUGCUUCCUUAAAAAUUUAAAAUUUGAAUCCAUAAUUAUAAUCAUGUCUGACUUAACAUGAAAAAUUAACUUCUAGUAAGAUAAUUCUCAGUCUCUCCCAAUAAAUACCAAGGAAGCUGCCAAAUUAAUAUACUAAUUAAUGUAAUAAAAAUACAUUGUGACAGCAAAA